UCUGCGAUUUUCCUGAUCGACCAAUAGCGCAGUCCUGCUCCGUACGCUUGCACGCGCUUACUUGGCUGCCUCCAGACUCUCAGACUUGCCCAGGUGCGGCCAUUCACUUGUGACUGCCGCACAGCAACCACCAUGACGUGCGGAUGACGGUCCACUGUUUGCAGGCACGCCUGCCUAGCUGCUGUGCCACUACCCCUCUGCCUGUAUAUAAGCACUCUUCCGCCGCUUAGAGACCUGCCCUUUAUCACACUCAUCCGCUCUCAUCGCCUCAACAACAAACACUUCCCCAACAACAACAACCAACCACCCCCACCAACAAACAACAUGUCUGAUUUCGGUCGCAAGGGUCUCGGCGAGCAGGCCAAGGAGAAGGUCACCCCCGACUCCCAGAAGUCUACUCUUGACAAGGCCGGCGAGACUGUCUCCGGACUUGGAGACAAGGCUGCUUCUGCCGUCCAGCCCGAGGGCAACAAGUCCGCAACCCAGAAAGUCGGAGACGCCACCCGCUCCGGCGGUGACAGCGCCCAGAAUCAGGGCCAGGGCAUGCUCGCCAAUGCCCAGGAGACUCUCGGCAACGCCGCCCAGUCCGUCUCGGACGCCGUCUCUGGCAACAAGAAGUAGGCGCCUUCGCUUGAUGCGGGUGCUCUGAGUCUUUGACUUCACUUCGACAAUGACACGAACAUUAUGGCAUGAGUUUGGGGCUUCCACUUUUUCUCCUGUGGCCGAAUUUGUAUCCGAUACCCUAUAGCCUAAGCUUCGAUGAAUGAGAAUCCAUGAAU